AUGCUCCGUUUACAGGCUCGGGUGGGCAGCCUGCACAAUGUUGGCAGUGCCACCAUGGCACGGGCCACAAAAGCCACCUCUUUUUAUGGGGGCAGCUUGUGUCGCACGCUGCCAGAUGUGAGGUUGUCAUCUACUCAAGUCCAGGAGAGGCCAGGGAUUGUUCCUAUAAAAAAGUUAAUGGUUGCAAACAGGGGUGAAAUUGCCAUCCGUGUGUUCCGAGCAUGCACAGAGAUGAACAUAGAGACUGUGGCCAUAUACUCAGAGCAAGAUGUCAACCAGAUGCACAGACAAAAGGCAGAUGAGUCCUAUUUGAUUGGAAAAGGUUUACCUCCAGUUGCUGCUUACUUAAAUAUUUCUGAGAUCAUCCAUAUAGCACAGGAAAAUGGAGUGGAUGCUAUUCACCCAGGCUAUGGAUUCUUGUCUGAAAGAGCCGACUUUGCAAAAGCUUGCAUUGACGCAGGAAUUCGAUUUAUUGGGCCGUCUCCAGAAGUGGUGCAUAAGAUGGGUGACAAAGUCGAGGCGCGACUGGCAGCCAUCAGUGCUGGCGUACAAGUUGUUCCUGGCUCACCAGGACCUGUAGAAUCAGCAGACGCUGCCAUUGAGUUCUGCAAACAGCAUGGCUUGCCGGUGAUCUUCAAAGCAGCAUAUGGUGGGGGCGGUAGAGGCAUGAGAGUGGUCAAAGAUAUCAAUGAUAUUACAGAGAACUUUAACAGAGCUUACUCAGAAGCCUUGUCAGCAUUUGGAAACGGGGCCUUGUUCUUGGAAAAGUUCAUUGAAAGACCCCGCCACAUAGAAGUACAAAUUCUAGGUGAUAAAGUUGGCAAUGUUGUCCAUCUGUAUGAAAGAGACUGCUCUGUUCAGCGUCGGCACCAGAAAGUUGUGGAAAUAGCCCCGGCACCAAAAUUAGCAGCUGAUCUCCGAGACAAGAUGAAUACAGAUGCUGUAAGAUUAGCAAAACAUGUUGGAUAUGAAAAUGCUGGAACCACCGAGUUCCUGCUGGACAAAAAUGGGCAGUAUUAUUUUAUUGAGGUCAAUGCCAGACUUCAAGUGGAACACACAGUUACAGAACAAGUAACGGGUGUUGAUUUGGUGCAAUCUCAGAUCAGAAUUGCUGAAGGCUACACACUGCCAGAGCUGAAUCUGAACCAGGAAAACAUCAAACUGAAUGGUUGUUCCAUUCAGUGCCGUAUGACCACUGAAGACCCUUCACGCAAUUUCCAACCUGACACAGGAAGAAUUGAGGUGUUUCGUAGCGGAGAAGGCAUGGGCAUUCGUCUGGAUGGUGCCUCUGCAUUUGCUGGUGCAGUGAUCUCCCCUUACUAUGACUCGCUGCUAGUCAAAGUAAUUGCUCAUGCAAGAGACCACCCGUCUGCCUGUGCUAAAAUGUUACGAGCUCUCAGAGAGUUUAGGAUUCGAGGAGUUAAGACCAACAUCCCAUUCCUGCUAAAUGUGCUGCAGAAUGAAACGUUCUUAAAUGGUUCAGUGGACACUUACUUCAUAGAUGAGAACCCCCAGCUGUUCCACUUUGCACCGAGCCAGAACCGAGCCCAGAAACUGUUGCACUACUUAGGUAGCAUCAUGGUCAAUGGUCCAUCAACUCCACUGGGAACUGAAUUGAAGCCAUCUGAAGUAAUUCCUUCUGUCCCACCAGUUCCUGUCGCUGUCAAACCACCAGCAGGUCUAAGGGAUGUUAUUCUGAAUGAAGGUCCACAAGCUUUUGCUAAGAAAGUUCGAGAGCACAAGGGUCUUCUCCUGACAGACACCACAUUCCGAGACGCACACCAGUCUCUGUUGGCUACCAGAGUUCGAACUUAUGAUCUCAAGAGAAUUUCACCUUUUCUUGCCCACAACUUCACUCCACUUUACAGUACAGAAAACUGGGGAGGUGCAACAUUUGAUGUGGCUUUACGCUUCCUCCAUGAGUGCCCUUGGGAACGACUGAGAGAGCUGCGACAGUUGAUUCCUAACAUCCCUUUCCAGAUGUUACUAAGAGGAGCCAAUGCUGUGGGAUACACAAACUACCCAGACAAUGUUGUCCACAAGUUUUGCCAUCUUGCAGUAAAGAACGGCAUGGAUAUAUUUAGAAUAUUUGAUUCCUUGAACUAUGUACCCAACAUCAUUGUUGGCAUGGAAGCAGCAGGCAAUGCAGGAGGAGUAGUUGAGGCAGCCAUGUCUUACACUGGAGAUGUCUCUGACCCUUCCAAGAAGAAAUACAACCUGGAUUACUAUGUCAAUUUGGCUGGUGAACUUAUCAAAGCUGGGACUCAUGUCUUGUGCAUUAAGGACAUGGCCGGGUUGCUGAAACCCAAAGCUGCGACACUGCUGAUUCAGACUCUAAAGGACAAAUACCCAGACACACCUAUCCAUGUGCACACUCACGAUACCUCUGGAGCAGGUGUUGCUGCCAUGUUGGCAGCAGCUCAGGCGGGCGCAGAUGUUGUGGAUGUUGCCGUGGACUCAAUGUCAGGACUCACGUCACAGCCAAGCAUGGGAGCUGUGGUGGCAUCUUUAGAACGAACAGAGUAUGAUACUGGUUUGGACUUGGAGCGAGUAUCUGCAUAUUCUGCCUACUGGGAACAGGCCCGCAAUCUGUAUGGCCCAUUUGAAUGUUCAACAACAAUGAAGAGCGGAAAUGCAGACAUCUACAAGAAUGAAAUUCCAGGUGGACAGUACACUAACCUUCAGUUCCAGGCCUUCAGUCUAGGCUUAGCUGAUAAGUUUGAAGAGAUCAAGAAAGUGUACUCUGUUGCCAACAAACUCCUUGGAGAUAUACCUAAGGUAACUCCAUCAUCCAAAGUUGUCGGUGACAUGGCUCAGUUUAUGGUCCAGAAUAAAUUGACUGCAGAGUUAGUGGAGGAAAAGGCAUCAGAGUUAUCUUUCCCUUCUUCAGUGGUGGAAUACUUCCAGGGUUUCUUGGGAGAGCCUCCAGGAGGUUAUCCAGAGCCUUUGAGGACCAGGGUUUUAAAGGGACUUAAGAAAGUAGAGGGACGUCCUGGUGCUACAUUACCUCCCCUGGAUUUUGAGGCCCUAAAAGACCAGCUGACUGAUAAGUAUGGAGGUUUCAUCACACAGGAAGAUGUCAUGAGUGCAGCCCUCUACCCCAAGGUAACUGAUGAAUACUUAGAUUUCAGAAACAGAUUUGGGCCUGUGGAUAAACUUGAUACAAAAACGUUUCUUGUAGGACCCAAAAUUGCUUCUGAACUUGAGGUUAGCCUGGAGAAAGGCAAAAAUCUGUCCAUUGUAACUCUGGCUGUUGGUGACCUCAGUGCUUCAGGAACCCGGGAGGUUUUCUUUGAGCUGAAUGGUCAGUUGCGGGCAGUGAGAAUUAGAGAUGAGGAAGCACAAAAGGUACUCCAUGUUCACCCGAAGGCCCUGAAAGGUGUGCGAGGAUCUGUCGGGGCUCCCAUGCCAGGCACAGUCGUCGACAUCAAGGUGGCAGAGGGAGAGGACGUCAUCAAGGGACAGCCACUGCUAGUCCUGAGUGCCAUGAAGAUGGAGAUGGUGGUGAGUGCCCCAGUGACUGGGAAAGUCAAGCUGAUUUCGGUAACCAAAGAUAUGAAGCUUGAAGGUGAUGAUCUUCUUGUGGAGAUUGAGCCGAAACACUGA